AUGCCUGCCACUAUCAGGAAGAUUGUGUACGCCUGCAGUCACGAACUGCCCAACCUGAGCUUCCAAGCUCCCCAAAAGCCCUCCGUCAUCAAAAGAAUUAAGCGAGCUCUAACCUUCACUGAGACAAUUCGCACACCCUCAUUAGAGUUGUGUCCGUAUUGUAAACGGAAGAAGGAAGAGAAGAUGCAACGGGAGGCUGAGUUGCAACACAGACCACAGGCACCUACGCGGCCGGAAACGAGCCCCCGAUACGGCAACCCCCUACCACCUGCACCGAGAUCCCAAACGACUACUAUUCAAGCAAGACGGCGCAACACCGUAGCUGCGCGACGACCAAUAUCACCGGUCUCGCCAGUCUCACAAGUGUCGCCCGUCUCGGAGAUGGGGUUCGGAUCGGACGCAGACCCGGACACCGUUCUCCCCCCUCGGAAUCCCUACCGGGAUACCAACAUGGAACUUCUUAGAGAAGAUUUCCAUGCACGGGAUAUGGAAGAACGGCUCAGGGAUAGUCUUGCGCGAGAGUCGCCUGCCGAUCGACGGGCUCGGUUGUUCCGGGAGGAAAAAGUCCGCAAGGAGUGGACAGCGAGAAGUGCAGCAAGAGAGUACAACGAGUUCAUCCAGGACCAAGCGCUACCGGCUGCUGCUCCCUCGGACCUCAAAGAGCUCUUCAUCCAAGCUCGCACUCCCCGCACUUCCAUAGCACCUCAAACGGAAUCUCAAUCUCCGAGACUAGAUCUACGCGCCAGAGCAGCGAAGAUCAAAGAGGAGAAGGCAACCAAGGAGCAGAGGAUAAAAGCUCGUUGUCAACUCGUGCGGAAGGAAGAGAUAGCGAUAGCGAUCUUUUUUUUACGAGGAUGGCAAUAUGCACCUUGCUAUUCUCAAUGGAAUGUUGAAAAGCCAGCAGAAUCAAAACUGUUCCGAAACAGCAUCAGAACAAGUCGCGAGUGGUCCACCGCCUCCAUGACAGCGACACGGGUCGUCGUGUACAGAUGUACACACGAGCUCCCAGACACCGAGGCAUACAUACAGCGGGCCCAUGCCGCACCCUACCAAUACCGAAACCCCAUCGUAAACCGUUUAAGGAGAGCCUUCACCUUAAACGAAACAGUCAGAAGACCAAGCAUGGACCUUUGUCCUGUAUGCCAGGCAAAGAGCCGCCAGCGUUCUCGACCAGCACCGCAAGCGCAACCCAGCCCACGUCCUCGCGGACAGACCAUACAAGAUCGCACACAUCCGGUACACGCACCUCAGUUAAGAAUCCCAACCCCAGCUCGCGACUCACCAGACUCAGCCAGCUCCCAGCCUCUUGUUCCACAACCAUGGAACAUGGCCGAGAGUCCGCCUGAUCUACCAGUUCUCCUUCCGCCUCGAAACACAGUCACUCCCCCACCACAAGCCAACGAAAAGUUGUCGAACAUGGCGGAAGGUCCACCAGACCUCCCUCGCGACCGACUCUCAGCCACAGACCAACGCACAGCCAUGGAACCUCCCCGGGAGUUCCACCGGCUUGCCAGGCUCAGACGUGCUCAUUCGGGGAUGGGAUGCGAUGAGACGUCGAGGUGCACGCCAACGAAAUCUUGCAAGACAAGAGCUUCAAAGGCGUGCAAGCGAUGCCCCACGCAGAUCGUCCCCAUCACCACCCUCGCCUCCGCCAAAGGACCAUGGUGUACACCCCGGGUGCACGCCUGGAUCAGACAGCAAACGUCCGAGACUCUCAAGAAACACCACGACCGAAUCACCCAACCACUCGAGCCCCAGUCUUCCGAGUCCAGACCAAGAACUCCGGUCAUCUUAAUCCCCGACCCUCUCACUUUGACUCCUUCUACCACUCGUGGUGAGGAGGAGCGAGGUGAGGAGCGAGGUGAGUCGCCAACCGAUCCGGGGAUGAGUCUCGGAAAUCCUUCUCUUAUUUUUCUUUCCUCGUCCUCAGAGCUUCUCAGUCUAACCAACAGAAAAGCAAAGAAACCAAACCAAACCACUCACCCACAAACAAACAACAUGGUCAAUCAUCUCGUCUUCGAAUGCGGCCACCGCUUCCCCGAAUUCCCCUCCAAGCUCAAGAAACUCAAGAGAGCCUUGAGCAUUCGCAGAGCUCUCAGCACGAAAGCAAAGGUCCCCAAAGACAUCGCACGAGCAGGCCUCUGCGAAGUUUGCGCCGACUUUUCGGUUCAGGACUUCCUCGCCGCAGGAACCCACGCCGAAAACGUCAACAAGACCUUCGCACAACUUCGAGAGGAGCGCGUCAAGGAGGCGAUCGCGGCAGCCAAGGAGGCAGCAGAGCGAGAAGGGGAAGAAGAGAGCACUCCCAAACUCCAGCACCCGACACCCCAACACCACCUCAAGCGUAAGCCCGUCCCGGAAUCCGCAGCCAUCGGACCCUUCGACGGAGAGGAGGACGACGACACCGAAUGGCUCCUCGCCAAGGACCCAGAAGAAUAG